UAAACCCCGAGCGCUCGUCCACCUUUUGCCUCGCCCCGUGCCUGCACAGUGCCGCCGCCGCCGCCGCCGCUGUAGAGAAAGCCGAGCGCCGUCGCGCCGUCGCGCCUUUCCCGCGUCCGAUUCGCAGCAACCUGCGAUCAAUCAAGCGUGCAGCCGUCACCACGAGCAUCACCACGCCGAGCCGCUCCUACUCCACCAAGGCCCCGCCGCCGCCUGCCGGGCCGAAUUCCGGCCAAAUCUAAUCCUCCACCCCCGUCGAAUUCGUGUGCGUGAGAUGAAGCCAGAGGUGGAGGCGGAGGCGGACGAGCGGGCGACGGAGAUGGUCGGCAAGAAGGCAGUGGCGGCCAAGAAGGCGGAGGAGGUGGAGGAUGUGGCGGUGGAUGGCGAGGAGGGGGAGGUGGCGGCCGAUGGGGAGGAAGACGGGGAGGAUGCGGUCGGUGGGGAGGACGACGGCGAUGAGGAUGAUGAGGCAGAGGGCGAGGAGGAUGAUGAGGAAGAGGAGGUGCAGGGGGAGGAGGAGGCGGGGGUCAUAGAGAUCUCCGACGAGGAUGACGAUGACGGCGGGGAGGAGGCGGGCGGUGACGACGAUGAUGAAGACGACGACGACGACGACAGCGACGAUAGUGAAGAUGACCAAGAGGAGGAACUGGGAACUGAGUAUCUGGUCCAGCCUUUAGGUCGGGCUGAAGACGAAGAGCACUCCAGCGACUUUGAGCCGCAAGAAAACGGUGAUGGCAGUGAGGAUGAGGAGAUUGACGAAGAAGAUGUUGCUGAUGAUGGUGAGGAUUCUGUGAAGGUGCAGUCCUCUGCAAAGAGGAAGAGGUCUGGCGAUGAUGAAGAUGACAAGGAUGAUGAUGGUGAUGACGAUGAUGAUGGGAGGCCACCAUCAAAGAGAUAGUCAGCUGGGUCCAAGGCCCAUGUCAUGGAUAUUUGACCUUGUGCAGGGUGCUAAGAAAGAAGGAAAAUAAUUAUUCCCUGGCAGGUCGUUGGUAAAUGGUUGUAGCUUUAGGACAUCUGUGGGUAGGUCUUGUAGCAGCUGAAACUUUGAGAGUCCAGUGUUCAUCGUGUUAGUUAGUGUCUACUGCUGAUGUUGGUAAACAGCCUCCCAAAACUUGAUGUAUGAGGUUUAAAAACAUGAGGCUUGGUUUAUGCUUGUGUAGCUUCUAAUUCAGGUUUAUGGAUGCUUUAUUCUGAAUUACGUCAUCAUGUUAUAACUUCUGUACUAGAAAGUCUCUUGGGUUGCUUUCAGAGCA